AUGGCUCAAUACACUGAAGAAGUUCCUGCUACUAAAGAAUAUGAAGUUUUAAGGAGGAAGGCUAGCAGGCUUCAACAAGCAAUCAGUGAUCCAAUCUUGCUGUCAAUUGAUCUGUUUUCAAAGAAUCUUGUUUCUCAUUCAACUCUUCAAAAAGUGAAUGUUCCUGCCACUACACCAAAUGCACAAAACUAUGAGAUUAUAGAUAGCUUACUUCGAGCAGUGGCCAUAGAUCCCAAAAAUUUUCACAAGCUCCUUCAAGUACUAGAGGAUCAUCCUCCACUAUUGACUGUUGUAGGCAAAGAAAUGAAAGAAGACUAUGAGUCAUGCACAUCACCUCAAGAGCAGAAAAAAGUAAUCUCUGUUGAUGGUCAAGAUAUGCAAAAUGAGUAUGAUGAAAUGCUUGGACGGUUAGCAGGACUAGUGCUUGAUUUUCAGAAAGUAGUUGAAAAGGCAAAUGUCAACAUUGAAGAUCUGAAGCAAUUUGUCAUCGUACGUUAUCCUGAUGAGCAGUAUAGAAAUGAGCUAAGGAAAGCAAGUGAUAUUAAUGAAGUGUUUGCUAUAAUCCGUAGCAAAUUUUGCUCUCUCUUCAAUUACUCUGUUCUGCUACGAAUUGCUGAGAAAUUUAAUCUUCCUGAUGGAUUUAAAGUAAUAAGAGAAUACAAAGUAAAGGAAGAUGAUUAUCAUAAGAUAUUGAGUAGCUCCUCACUUGCCAGUGAACUGCAGAGAGAAAACGAAUUACUUUGUCAGAAUUUAUCUCAUACAAAGAAAAUCAUUAUUAAGUUACGGGGAUGGUCACGACCACCAGCACCAACAGUUGCUGAGUUUCAGGAAGUUAUCAAAAAUGUUUUUGCUGACCUUGGAGACUUGCUUCAUAUCCUUAAAGUUGAGUCUGGUUCGAUAAUUGUUACAAUGUGUACUCCUGAACGAGUGACGGGAGCACUAAUAGCUCUGGCAAAGAGGAAAAUAGCAUAUCUUAAGGAUAUUGGAGUGAGCUCAUUAACAAUUGGAGACACUUUAAUCAUAAAUAACAUUGAAGAUACAGAAGAGGUAUACAGCAUUUUAAAUUAUUAUUGUAAUUAA